AUGGCUCUCAAAAAAUUUUUCAAUUCACUUUUAUCUUCUCGAGGCGUUUAUUCUCUGAUCGAUCCUAAUAGAAGUCAAAAAGAAACACAAUCUUUGACAUUUCGUCAUAUUAAAUUAAAAUUAUGUUUUUUUUUUCGAGAUGGUUCUUAUUCUUCAUUUAAUUAUCUUAGUUUAUUCUUAUCAACCGUUUUUCAAUUACCAAAAUCACUCAUCGGUAUACUACUAUCCGUGAUGCCAUUUAUGGGAUUCAUUAGCUCGACUUGUUGGAGUAUUCUUGCAGAUAAAUGGGAUAUACAUCGCAAGAUUAUGAUUUUAUGUAUUACAUGUAUUAUCUUACUGUUUUGGUCUUUCCCAUUUUCUGGAAAAUAUUUUGGCUUUUGUGGUCUUUUUAUCAACUUUGUUCUUUAUUCAAUAUUUGAUGGGGGUGUUGGACCAUUGAUGGAUAAUCUAUCUAUAAAUAUAUUAAAUCGUAAUGGAGAUAUUACAGAAUUUGGACGCCAGCGUCUUUAUGGGACCUUAAGUUAUGGGCUUUCUGGUGCCAUUCUUGGAUUUCUGGUUGAUAGAUUUGAUUCACUUUAUGCCAUGUUUUUCGUAUUUGGAUUUUUCAUGGGAAUGUUUUUAUUAGUUCUACAAUUUAUACCUUGGAGGGAUUUCAAAAUAGAUCAUCAUGAUGAAUUAAUUACUGAUAAUAUAGACCUCGACCAAUUUGGAGGUAUGUCAAAUGAAUCCUCCACACAAAUUGUAGAUACAAAAAUCAUAGAAACAACACCGCCACCUUUCAUGGAAUCGUUUCUUAAACUUAUUACAAAACCACGAUUAUUAUUAUUUCUUUUUGUGCUGCUUUCGACACGUACGACGAAAAUGGCAACGUCAACAUUUCUCUAUGUAUUCUUAGCAGAGGACCUUAAAGCUGAUGCAACGAUAUUAGGAUUAAGUACCUUCAUAGGAAUAAUUCUUGAAAUAUUCGUUUUUUAUUAUGGGGAAUAUGUCUUAGAAUUUACGUUUCCGGAAAACCAAGGAUUUGAGUAUGGGCUGGUAAAGUUAGCAUCUCUAGAAAUUAUAACACAAGUAGCACCACCGAGAUUGAGGGGUACAGCGCUUGGUAUAUUUGCAGCCAUAGAAAGUUUGUCUACAGUAUUUUAUGUACGUUUAAAAGGUCUUGGACAAAUUGUCGGGGGACUAUUUUACGGAAAUUUUGGUGCCGUUAAAAUGUUUCUAUAUUCAUCAUGGAUUGGAAUAUUGUCAAUCAUUAUUUACAUUGCUGGAAUUUUAUGGCAGAGAAGACAUUUCGAUUUCUCUUGA